AAUAAUACUUUGCGUCAGGAGAAGAGUACGGCAACACAAACCUGCUAAAUUAUGAAAAAAGUAAUUGGGCAUUCAAGUCUCCGCGAAUAAUAAUAGGUUAUCGGUACUUUGUACCAAUCUUCUUUUCAGAGAUAGAUCUUCCACAUUAACUCGAAAACAGGUUCUUUGAAUUUAAUCACGCAUCAUUCUCAAUCGAGUUGAGGAAUCACAGAUUUAUAAUGAAAGCUGUUGUUUGUUGUGUGUGAUCUAUUUUCCGGGAAAAUUUGAACGAUUGGAAGAAUACAAAGAGUAGAGCAUGCUGUUCUGAACAUGCUACAAAUUGGCAAGUCCACUCCAUCGCAACGGCAGUAAACAGUGAGCUCUGCCUGCAGUAACACAUCGUUCUACGUUUUCCAAGUCGGUCUUCUUACUUCAAUGGUAUCCGUACCGGUUUAUAUGAACUAGUGUUUUUAUUUAUUUUUUUAAUUAGUAGUAAGUUUAUCAGUAAUCUUUUAUUUAGUGCGUGCUUUAACAUUAUCUUUGAAUUUCUUUAGAAGGACGAUCGACGGGUGUUCAUAAUUCAAAUUUUGCAACAUAUUUCUUGGAUAAACUUCAAAGAUGGCUACAAAAACGUCGAUUAUAAUUUAUCAAUUGAUCGCAAUUUGCAGUCUAGCUUCAAUAUCCUACUGUCAUGAACAGAGUCUUUUAGAUCGGAUUAGGAGUAAGAGACAAGUUCAUUACUUGGACACUGAUGCCAACGUCAAUUGUAGAACACCGGACAACGAAGAAGGAGAGUGCAUUUCGAUAUUGGAUUGCGAAUCGCUGUAUUCUAUCCUGGAGGACAGGAGAAGGACACCAGAAGAAUACAUGUUUCUGACGCAGUCGCAUUGCGGGUUUGAAGGUGAUCUGCCAAAGGUCUGUUGUCCUCUGGAAAGCAGUGAGCCCACCAUUCUUACUUCGACUACUGCAAAACCGCAACCAGUAGUCGAGUUGACCACUGAGUUCAGACCUCCAUCUUUCCCCAGCGGCACUGAUAACCGGGACAUGCCGCAGGAUUGUGGCAGAGCUGGCAGAAUCAUCAAUAGGAUCGUAGGAGGUCGACCAGCUCUACUACGAGACUGGCCGUGGAUGGCUCUGAUUGGCUACAACUCAAUGACCAGACCGGCUUGGAACUGUGCCGGUGCUUUGGUCUCUUCCAGAUAUGUGGUCACCGCUGCUCAUUGCAUUAUAGAUAAGAGAUUGACAAUUGUGAGACUGGGUGAUUUGGACUGGAACACGACUGCUGACAAUGCCAACCACGUAGACAUCCCUGUUGAGAGAGCCAUCAUGCACCCGCAGUACAAUCGAGCCAGGAGGACAUCUGACAUUGGGCUUGUGCGGCUCAGGCACGAAGUCACUUUUAAUGAUGACAUUAGGCCGAUUUGUUUACCCUCUUCGGAUCUACUGAGAGCGAGAAACUUGGACAGACUGUCGCCAUUCGUUGCUGGUUGGGGUUCAUUGGGAUUCAACAAGUCUGAGCAAUCGCAACUAUACGAAGCUCAAGUGGAUGUGCGAUCGAAUGAGCAGUGUGCAAAGGACUUUGCCAAACUGACACGAGUCACCAUCGACCACUCAAUCGUCUGUGCCGCGAGUCCAGGAGUGGAUGCCUGCUUGGGUGAUUCUGGUGGUCCUCUGAUGUUACCUCAUGAGAAUCGCUAUCAUCUGUAUGGAGUCGUAUCUUAUGGCAUCGGAUGCGCGAACCCCAUAUAUCCAGGCCUCUACGCAAGAGUCACUGAGUUCGUAGACUGGAUUGAAUCCAAUGUUUCAAGUUGAUGAGGACCAUGAACUUCUUAUGAAUAACUUUCAACACCUUGAAAUUAACUUGAAAAACUGUGAAACAUUGAACAUUGUACAUAAAUCACUUAAAAGUGAAGCGUCCAGUCGAUCAUCUCUGGAUUUGCCUAUGAAUAGACAAUAAAUGUGUAUAAUAUAGCCUAAUAAGCUUGAGAAUUACUAAUGAAAUGCGUAAUAAGAAGUUCGAAGUGUAGUACAUAAAAUAAAUUUCCCCUUUUAUAAUUAAACGGUUUCAGGUUGAAUUGUAUGUGUUAGGGUCAAGUUGGAAAGAGUAAUAAGAGGGGACUAGUAGACUAUUUAGAUAUAACGAAUCAUUUCGGUUAAUGUAGGUUAUUCUAGUAUCGUGAAGAAUAGCUUUGCAGAAGCUAGUGCAAUAUGAGAUUAAGCAAUUGUCACCCUUCAGCAUUCAAUUACCCUACCCAUUAAACUCCUCAUAAAUAAAGAAAAUGAAUCUUCAUUUUCGAGUCGAGUUAUUCAUUGUCAAGAUUGAGUGAUAGAGAGAACUUAAAAAGUCCCAACUCCGCCUUAGAAAGAAUUUUUCAUUUGAUUUCAUUUUUAGCGAUUCAGGUGAUCUCAGUCGUCUUUAUUUAUUGCGGUUUUCGCAUUGAAAUCCUAUGACAACAGAUCAAGUUAUAGUGUUUCACAUUCAUCCGUACUGUAUGUUGCAAUAAAUACCUGUUUCAAGUUAGUUUAUAGAGUUUUAUACUAUUAUAGUGUGAUUUUGUACAAUUUUGUGAAAUGUCUCUUGAUGAAUUUAGAAAUAUUAUGGGUAUGUUAGGGGGAAUAUGGAGCUAUUCUACUAUAGUAUUACCGUACGUUGAUACUAAAAGUUUUGUUUUAUGUAAAUAUAUAUCACCAAACUGAAAGAAACUUUUGACCAUUGGAUAAUUGUCGCUGCUUCUCUUAACUACAAACACUGAUCAAUAGCAGAAGUAUUUAGUACCGUAACUUCAAAUAUUUGGAAGGAGAAUGAUGAGUAAGUUAGGUUUUCCUUAAUUAAUAUUGUAAGUAGAUUUCACUUCACUUAUUAUUAUAUCAAUACCAGCUUAUAGUAACACACCAUACAAUGUGCUUUUCCUACCAUAAAACUUGUUAAGUUUUUCAUAUUGUAAGAAUUCUCAAUAAAUCUUGAAUUUAUAAUGGUUUAAUAACAGGCGAAACUAGUAUCAAUAUAAUUUUUGGUUGAUGCAUACAUAAUAUUAAUACUGUGCGAAGGGAUACUCGAUGGAAUUUUAGAUUGGUGAUUCGUAACUCUUAUUGUUCAUCAUACAUUUCUAUACCGUACUCUAUUUUUCAAGUGACGAUAUACCGGUACUUGAAAAUAAAGUACAGAUCCAAAACAGAGCCUUUAUUUGUUCAAUAUUGAUUAUUAAUAACACGGUUAUAAAUUUUCAGGUAUGAAUAUGGUUGUGAUAAUAUUAUAUUUUUAUUUAUUUAUAAACAGUCAUUAUCAUGUAGAAUUCUAGACAUACCUAACAAUUCUUAAAUGUAACUUACAGUAUGUUAGGAAGUGUAACUACUUAUAGUUUCACUUUUUUGGGUCAGUAAAAAAACUAGUGUAUAAACCUACUGUUCACACUAACUUCUUGUUCCCAUUUAAUGGUAAUUCUCUAAUCAUUUAAAUAUAAUAAAAUUUGUUUUUCUGUAAAA